AUGGACAAGCCCGGCAGCAAAGACGAACCUCGGGCGCCGGAGGACGGGCGCUGCCCGUUCUGCAACAUCUCGAACCAAUACGUGCCGUACGACCCACAAGCGCCGCCACCGGCCAGCUCCGAGGCCAUCUCGCCGGCGCGGACGCGGACGGACCCGGACACGUUCCUGCUGCUGUCGACGCCGCUGCUGGUGGCGUUCCUGGACAUCAUGCCGCUGUCGCGCGGGCACGUGCUGCUGUGCCCGCGGGCGCACCGGCGCAAGCUGACGGCCGUGACGGCGGCCGAGGCGCGCGAGCUGGGCUUCUUUGUGCGCGUGCUGUCCGAGGCCGUCAUGCGCGCCACGGGCGUGGCCGACUGGAACGUGGUGCAGAACAACGGCGCCGCCGCCGCCCAGGUCGUGCCGCACAUGCACUUCCACAUCAUCCCCCGGCCCGAGAUCCGCGAGCAGGGCCGGUGGAGCGACCGCUUCACCAUGUUUGGGAGGGGUCGGCGCUCCGACCUCGACGAGGACGAGGCCGUCGAGCUGGCGGCCAGGAUAAGGGAGUGCGUGGCCGAGGUCCUGAGGGAGGACGAUCGGCAGGGUGGGCAGGGGUUCAGGUCCAAGUUAUGA